CCUAGAGAGGAGAAAUGAGCAGGCCCGAGCCCCGGCGGCUCGGUUCCCAUGGUGCUGCCGUAGCCGCUGAGCGCCGGCGCAGGCGCAGCUGACAGAUCGGGCUCCCGGGGGCCGCCGUCGCGGAGCGGGGCUGCAGUGCGCAGGCGCAGACGAACGCGGCGGCGUGGUCCCCAUGGCGCUGCAGUAGCGGUGCUGGUGCGUGGGAGCCGGGAUGAGCGAGUCCGAGGCGGACCGCUGGGCGUGGCUGCUGGUGCUGAGCUUCGUGUUCGGGUGCAACGUGCUGCGGAUCCUCCUGCCGUCGCUGUCCUCCUUUGUGUCUAGGGUGCUGCAGAAGGAUGCAGAACAGGAGUCGCAGAUGAGGGCGGAGAUCCAGGACAUGAAGCAGGAGCUGUCCACUGUCAACAUGAUGGAUGAAUUUGCCAGAUAUGCCAGGCUGGAAAGAAAGAUCAACAAAAUGACAGACAAGCUCAAAACUCACGUGAAAGCACGGACAGCGCAGUUGGCCAAGAUCAAGUGGUUUAUAAGUGUCGCCUUUUACAUACUGCAGGCAGCGUUGAUGAUCUCGCUCAUCUGGAAGUAUUACUCCGUCCCUGUGGCUGUGGUGCCCAGCAAGUGGAUCACCCCGCUAGACCGCCUGGUGGCCUUUCCUACUCGAGUGGCAGGUGGAAUUGGAAUCACCUGUUGGAUUUUAGUCUGUAACAAAGUUGUGGCUAUUGUACUCCACCCUUUCAGCUGAGCGGAGGAUGUGCAGCCACAGAACUUUACCAGGAGGAUAUCGACGACCACACAGAGCCCACAGGCUCUUGUUUUUGUGUUUUGGAAUGUUUUUGUCUGUCACCCGGGAGUCUUGUUCAAGUCAGGGUUUUCUACAGUUGUCACUGAGCCAGAAAAAGAGCGGUGUGACAGUUAGUGUAUUGACGUAGUUCUGGACCCGCUGGGCUGUGAACGUCAAGUGGCAUUUGCAUGCUGGGGCUCGCUCUGCAUGGUUGGCUUUGUUGCCAGCUGCAAAGACUUUCCUAACAACUCCAAUAGUGCCAGGUUUUUUAUUUGUUGUUUUUUUUUUUUUUUUUUGUUUUUGUUUUUUUUUUGCACCACAAACAAAAACACUUUAGUGUUCUAGAAGACAUGGAAAUGAUGUCCACUUCAGUGGUUUCUGCAGACACGACCUAUGGUCCUGGGAGGGUGAGAUCAGUCCGUGGGCACAGGUGCUGUUGCUGAGGUUCCUCCUCAGGGCACCUGCAGGUUGUGCUCCGCCCUUACACGAUGCCACCACAUCUGGGUCCCGACACAACACACAUGGUGCAAGGGAAAACCAAGUCCACAGCUGUCUUCUCUCUGGCCUUCACACUUGAGGUGUUGUCUUUAGUCCUGUACAUUUGGGAUCCCUUGGAAGAGACUUAGAGUUGUGGGUUUGGGAUGGUGUCAGUAUCGUGCACCGCCCAUACCCUCGGCCGCUCUGAUUCUGUACACGCUGGCUACGCAGAGUGAUGACUUCAUGUCAGUUUGAAGAACUCAUUUCUCACAGCAGACAUUAUGGGAGAUGACAAAUCAGAAUGUUUCUGUGUUAAUGUGCAUUCAGCCUUGUGUGAUAUUGGCAGCUGGCAAACUGUUCUGUGUGCGCUCCGCUCCGUGGACGCGUCCUAUCUGAAUGUCUUCCCAGGUGCGUCUUAUGCAAUGCUCUCAGACUGAACCCCAGAUCACCCCAGACCUUCUCUGGAAUGAUACAUAGAAAUCUUUUUGGAAAUUUGUCUAGUUGUCAGAGUUCUGCAUUUUGAGGUUUUUUUUGAGCAAGAUCUAGGUAAAUAUUUUCUAACUACACCUUACAAAAUCUCAAAAGAAUUAAAGUUUAUGGCACUUGCUCAAAUAUUACAUCUAAGUCCUGUUUUUCUGAUAUAAAAUUAGUUUCUUAUAUUUCUUAUUUUUAUUACAUUGUGUCCCACAGUGUGUUUGGGAGUCAGAGUUCAGCUUUCAGGAGGUAGUUAUUUUAGUUAAUUUUAAAGACUUUUUCAGAUUGUUCAGUGAAUCAAUAAAUUAUUAUGAAAAAAUUUCUUAAAUUCUUAAUGACUGGAACUAUUGCUGGACCUCACAGCUAAAGUGCAUACACUUUGAGAUCACAUAAGACUUCAGGCUGCGUUGUACUCAGCUUGUUUAACCAGCUCUGAUACAGCAGCGGAACCACGGCUUUAAUUGUGCUGAAUUUCCCGUGUAAUUGGCUCUCACGAGCUAAGAGUGCACAGUUGUGAAUUUCCCGUGUAAUCGGCUCUCACGAGCCAAGAGUGCACAGUUGUAGUCCACAGUCUGUCUGUGCAUCUGGUGCUCUGUUAACACAUUUUCGAAGUGGCAAGGAAAAUAUUUAACUGCCAACGUCAAAACCACACACACAAAAGAUUAAGUUAUAACAAAUACAAUAAUAAUGUACCUCGUGGAAGUUUUCUGCUUCUCGCUCUUUAAUUUCAAGGUCAGUUGCUCUCCUCUUUGCUCCCUCUUCUGUCUUUUUCUGUAUUUCUUUUCCAGACAACUGCAGUUUUUUUCAAACUUGUUUUUUAGAUUUUUAGCUUGAAUAGACCCUCUUUUUCAUUUGAUUAGUUCUUCAUAUCCUCUACUCAGUCCAAAAGUUUUGUUUUCUUCUUCCUCCUCUCCCGUUCCUUGUCUCAGUUCUCAAAUCCGUUUCUCCAUUUCUAGUUUAUGCUUCCGUUCCUUCUCUGUUUAUCGUUUUUCUUCUUCCAUUUUUUGUUUUAAUAAUUCUUCAAAAUUAAUUUCCAGUUUUCCAGGCAUCAGAGAUUCUUGAGAAACUGUUUUAUAUAUCUCUGGGGAAUCAUCUAAUACCGUGCUUCUUCUUACUUCCCAAAUGCCUUCCUCUCUUCCUCUGUUCUCCGGGCCUCCUCCUCGGCUUUUCUCUCCUCACCUUCUCUCCUUUGCCUUUCUAUUCUUCAAACCUGAGCUUGAGUUUUCCAGAGUGGUCCUCUGUAAAAACUUUUGCUGUGUCUUGGUUUUCAUCCUCAUUCUCCUCAUUUACCUGCUCAGCUUUUUGCUAAUUCGCGCUGUAUUUUUCUCUUUUCCAGCAGAUCCUAUCUUUCCUCUUUGUUCUCUUUCUUUGCUUUUCCUGUCUGAGUCUUUCCAUUCCAUCAGAUGUAUCUUUAAACGUCCCUGCUAACUUUGGGACAUGAGCCUUUUCUACUGUAACAGAAAUCUCUUCCUCGUCAUCAGAAGCAAGAAUUUCUUUAAUCUCUGCCUUUUGCGAAACGUCAUUCACGUUUGCUCUAUGUGGUUUGGGGCAGAAGCUUUGUAUAUUUUUGUAUUCAGUAGAGGAGGCUAUAAGCAUCAGACAGAAUGAGGUUGCAUGACCACAUUCCUCUAAAUUCGUCCUUUUGUUUCCUGUAAUUUGACUCUUAAGGAUGAACACACUUUGAGAGGGACACCGUCACUGAAGAAAGUCAGAGCGGGAGCUCGAGCUGGCCAGGUACGCACCGUCCAGUGGUGCCGUUUUUAAUUUUAGAAAAAAACCCACAUACAUUUUUUUUUUAAAGAAAAAAAUACCUCUGCAAGAAUUCUGCUUUUUAUUUCUUGAAGUUCACCUGAGAAUGACACUAGUGGGUGUUGCUCCUGCUUAUCCUCCUCUGUGAAAUGUCGUCUGUUGGACCAGGUUCAGCGUAAAACCGUGUGAAAGCAUCGCCAUGUAUCUGAGCCUGCUAACUUUUCAUAGUGGUUCCUGUGUGUGUUCACGAGACCAUGUUAUGUGUUCAUUUAAAGCAUUUCAAAUGAAGUGUGUCUUUAAAGUGGAACAGUGAAGCAAGCUGGGGUCUGAUCAGUUUGGCUCAUGAAGUUACAAGACAGUUCUGCCAAGUCUCAGUGUUUAUCUUUCGUUUUUUUGAGACAUAGUCUCUCAAUGCUGUUCUCAAUGUAGUCCUGGCUGUUCUGGAACUCUCUCCAUAGACCAGGCUGGCCUUGAAUCCACAGAGGUCCACCAGCCUCUGUCUCCCAAAUACUGGGAUUAAAGGUGUUUGCUGCUUCACCUGGCUCCAAGUCUGUUUUUGAAGUACUUUUCCUAGUUACAGUAUUGGCCAGUGCUAAUAGCCUAGACUCUGGGGAGCCAUAGCACAGAAAAGCUACAAGCUGGCACCAUCACAAUCUCUGCACAGCUCUGGCUGUCCUGGCACUCACUACGUAGACCAGGCUCACUUGGAACUUACAGGGAUUCACUUGCCUCUGUCUCCUAGCUGCUGGGAUUAAAGGCAUAGCACUGGGUUUUGAAGGAUCAUAUUUAUAUUCUUAUGUUUCCUAGUGAUCUCAUAAACAGCUUGUUCUUUUGGCUGACUGUACUGUGAAUAGGGCGAGUGUCAGAUGGAGCACCACCCGAUCAGCAGACGCUGUAGACUUACACUGCACCAGGGUGACUAGGCAGGGUGUAUAAAGGGCACAAGUGGUGUGCAGCAGUAGGCAUUGCCAACAUUGGCCUGCCCAUCCGCUCCAGCAUCCCCACCCCUCAGCAAACACUUGGUCAGUUGAGGAUCUGAGGAGGUUGGAACGGCACUGGAAGCUGCACAGUCUGGGCUCGCUUCAGGAGCUCGGCACUCAGGGUGGGGGAGGGUGUGCUUGCACCUGGUCCUUUUGUAGUGAGCUGUGAUCUGGAAUGGUGCUUACUGCCAACCAGACCUGGGCCUCUCAAGGGAUGUGUGAUGUCCGCUGACUGCAGGAAAACAGUGACAAAGGGUUAGUUUGUUCCCAGAUGUUAGUGCUCCACACGCAUAAUGUAAGACUGCUUGUGUCCCCGUGUAUAAUGUGUGUAAGAUUGCUCAUGUCCCCAUGUAUAAUGUGUAUAAGAUUGCUCAUGUCCCCGUGUAUAAUGUGUGUAAGGCUGAGUGGGGGAUAUCACUGUGUCUCUCCCCCCAGAAUUGUAUUUGUUUAAAAAUGGGUAAUAAACAUUGAAUUAACCAGGGAAAGGUGCAGCAGAAAGUGUCUCUGUCCCUCUGCCCUGUCCUAGGGUUCUCUAAGAUGGUCCAUGUUUAUGAAUGUUGCUGUGUAUGCACUUAAAAAACGAUGAAAGGAAAAAACCUGAAAAACCAAAAUUAAUUUUUUUUUAAAUUUUAAUUUUUUUGAGGCAGGGACCCUGUGCAACCCUGGCUGGCCUGGAACCCACCAUGAAGACCAGGCUGGCCCCUCUGCCUCCUGAGUGUUGAGAUGUGGGCGAGAGC